AUGGCUACGAUCGGCACGCUCCAACGGGUCUCAGCAGCCUCCCUCUCCAAAAUUCUUCUCGCCGCCCAGGAAGCUGCCGCAGCUGGCGACCCAACCAUCGCCGUCAUCGACGUGCGGGAUGAUGAUUACAUUGGCGGCCACAUCAAGGGCUCCCAAAAUGUUCCCUCCCGCACCUUGGACGCCAUGCUCCCGACCUUAGUCCGGCAGCUGCAGGACAAGGAGACGGUCGUGUUCCACUGCGCUCUCUCGCAACAGCGGGGGCCCUCGGCCGCGUUGAGGUAUAUACGGGAGAGGGAGCGGCUUCUCGCUUCGAAGAAGGCGCGGGAGGACCGAGUCAACGGCCCGAAGGAGCAACAGGUGCUUGUCCUUGACCGCGGGUUCGCGGGGUGGCAGGAGCUUUACGGCACCGACGAGCGAUUGACCGAGGGGUAUCGGAAAGAGUUAUGGGAGGAUGGGUAUUAG